AGGCGGGGCAGGGGUGCAGGCAGGCUGCAGGCAGCCCAAGGGGCAGCGGGCAGGGCAGGCACCACAGGGUAGGGUGGCAGGCAGGGGUACGGGCAGCACGGCGGAGGUGUGCCGGCGCAGCAGGGACCGGCGGGCAGCCCGGCAGGCAGCAUGGCGAGGGACGCCGGCGUCCCCCGGCACCCCGCGGCCUCGUCCUCCCGCACCCCGGGGCAGCGGUGAACGCCGGCGGCCGGACCCCGCAAGCCGGCGGGACCAUGGAGGGCCCUGAGGGCGGUUACUCGGUGCAGGCCACCGCCGCCAUCGCCGCCGCCAUCACCUUCUUGGUGCUCUUCACCAUCACGGGCAACGUGCUGGUCAUCAUGGCCGUGCUGCGCAGCCGCUCGCUGCGGGCGCCCCAGAAUCUCUUCUUGGUGUCGUUGGCGGCCGCCGACAUCUUGGUGGCCACCCUCAUCAUCCCCUUCUCCUUGGCCAACGAGCUCCUGGGCUACUGGUACUUCGAGAAGACGUGGUGCGAGAUCUACCUGGCUUUGGACGUGCUUUUCUGCACCUCGUCCAUCGUCCACCUCUGCGCCAUCAGCCUGGACCGUUACUGGUCGGUCAGCCGCGCCAUCGAGUACAACGCCAAGCGGACGCCGCGGCGCAUCAAGUGCAGCAUCUUCAUCGUCUGGACCAUCGCCGCCAUCAUCUCCCUCCCGCCCUUGGUCUACAAGGGGGAGAAGAAGGCGGCGGCGGGGGGGCGGCCCCAGUGCAAGCUCAACGAGGAGGCCUGGUACGUCCUCUCCUCCAGCGUCGGCUCCUUCUUCGCCCCGUGUCUCAUCAUGAUCCUCGUCUACCUGCGCAUCUACCUGAUCGCCAAACGCCGCCACCGCUCCCACCCCGCCAGCACCAAACCACCGGGAUCGGUGCCGCCAAACGUCACCCCCCCAGCUGGUGCGGAACCCCCGGGGACCUGCCCGCCGGCGGACAGGACCUCGCUGCUGAGCCCCGAGGAGCCCCCGACGUCCCCCAAGCCUGGGGCAGGGACGUCCCCGCAGCCCGGGGGACGCCCCCGGGACACCUUGGCCACCGGGACGGGGCGGGUGGUGUUGGCACAUCGGCCACCGGCGUUGAACCCUUGGAGGAGGAAGACUCAGAUCAACCGGGAGAAACGUUUCACCUUCGUCUUGGCCGUGGUCAUCGGCGUCUUCGUCCUCUGCUGGUUCCCCUUCUUCUUCCUCUACAGCCUGGGCGCGCUCUGUCCCCAGCGCUGCAAGGUCCCCGACGGCGUCUUCCAGUUCUUCUUCUGGAUCGGUUACUGCAACAGCUCCCUCAACCCCGUCAUCUACACCGUCUUCAACCAGGACUUCCGCAAGGCUUUCCGACGCCUCCUCUGCCGCCGCCGAGCCCCAACGCCCUGGUGAGGGGCUCCGGUGAGGGGCUCUGGCUACCCCCUUCCUUCCUCCUCCUCCUCCAGGCUGCGCUCGCUGCCUGGAGCAUCCCUUGGGUUUGGGGCGGGGGAGGCUUCGAAGCCCCCCCCAAAGAGAUGAUGGGUUCCCCCCCCCCCCGCCACUGGCGCCUGCCUGCCCGCUGCCUUCUCUCACUGCCAGAUUUCCCAUGGGGACGCCCAGAGACCCGGGGAGGGGGAGCAGGGGGGGAGCCACAUGCCACCACGGUGCAACCCCUGCCCCCAAGCCCGGUGGCAUCCCAGCAGACCCCCCCCCCCAAAAGGCGGU